GUGUGUGUGUGUGUGUGUGUGUGUGUGUGGUUGAAAACGUCCUGGUGCGUGGACAGUUUGUUUCUGCAGAAGUCAGCUUCAGUCUGUUUGCUGGCAGAUUAGCCGCUUCUUUCAUUUUUCAUUCUGCUGUUUUAGCCGCACUCAAUCAAGUCAGAAUGAAGAUAGCAGCCUUUAAUGGCAAGAACCUGGGACAGAAGAAAGUCCAUGACAAGUCUGUCAUCAAACACCUCACCAAGAUCAUAUCUCGGUACAGUGUGAUUGUCAUGCUGGAGGUGGUGGAUAAGAGCGGCAAAGCCAUGGAAACGUUACUUCAAGAACUCAACAAAACUGAAAAACAACCCUACCUAAAGACUGCCAGCAAACAACUGGGACGAGACACCUACAAGGAGCAGUACGUCUGUUUUUACAGACCAGAUGAAGUGACGCUGAAGGAUUCACACCAGUAUGAAGAUAAUCAGGCUGGAGAUGAAGAUGCUUUUGCCAGAGAGCCUUUCAUCCUGCGCUUCGAUUGUCCAACUACAGUUGUACAAGAUCUGGUUCUGAUCCCUGUGCACACAAAGCCGGAAGACACUCUGAAGGAGCUGGACGAGCUGCACGAUGUGGUUGAAGACAUCAGGAAGAAAUGGAAAAAUGAUAACAUUAUGAUUUUGGGGGACUUUAAUGCAGACGGACGAUAUCUCUCCAAGAAGAAGAAGGAAAAGAUCCGCAUCUGCUCUCCAUCCUAUGAUUGGCUCAUUGAUGACGAUGUCGACACCACAGCUAGCAACAACAAUGAUAACACCUACGACAGAAUUGUUGUGUAUGGAGAGACCAUGUCGAAUGCCAUCGUCCCCAACUCGGCCAAGUCUUUCAACUUCCAGCAAGAGUUUAAGCUCACCGAUGAGGAGGCACUCAGCAUCAGUGACCAUUACCCUGUGGAGGUGGAGCUGAAGACCAGAGCAGGAAGACAGAAAAGGAUGGCUGUGCCUGACAGGACAGAGAUGACAUCUGGGGAAGAACAGUCUCAGAAGAAAGGGAAACAGAAGAAGACCAAACCGGCAGGGUCACCAAAGAUGGCGGCCAAGCCAGCGGGAGCACAGAAGAAGAAAAAAGACGAGCCAGACAGACAACAGAAGAAGAAGAAUGUGGGAACAAAAAGGAAGCGAGGGCAGGCAUCCAACACGCCAACCAAGAGAAGACGACAGGAUGUUCAAUGUUCAUGAUCUUACUAUUAAAUUUAAAAAGUAGAGUUACUGUAGUUAGAGCUGAUAGUGUUAAACCGUCAAAGCUUCUGUUUGUUUGACUUAUUAGAAAUUUAAUUGAAAACCACAUCAGGUGGUUCACUGUGAUACCAAAACACCUUCUGUCAAUCUCUAGUAUUUAUAGUACUCGACAAAUCAGGAUGAAUGUACUGUAGAAGUGAAAAAUUUAUUUACAAAUAUUAGUAUUGCAUGAAUUCAUUUUCCAUGGCAAACUAAUAUCAAUGUUUUUAUAGACAUGUUUUUGAAGUCAUAAUAAAAUAUUAUUUAUGCACAGAGA